AUGGCACCCUUCAGCGCACAUCGUGUUUGAAUUAUCGACUUUUUUCGGAAGGGAGUGAGCCGAGUUACCAUUGCUAAAAAGCUUGCCGUUGCUCGCCAGACAGUUUAAGAUAAAAUUUGAAGGUCCGGGGAGCUCGGCAAUUUACAGGACCGUGCUGGACAAGAAAAAGAGUCAGUGUGACCACUCCGGAAGUCGUGACGACCGUAAGAGACAGGAUCCGAAGAAAACCCCAUCGAAUUAUGAGAAUAAUGGCUGCUGGCAUGGACUCGAGCAGGAUGGAUCGAAACGAAUUGUCAAAGACAAGCUGAGACUCACACCGUAUCGUGUGAGAAAUAUCUUCUUUGUUUUCUAUGCCAAUAAGCUGAAACGGCUUGACAAAGCAAAACGGAUCUUUCGCCGUACGCACCCUGGGGAGAAUCUCGUGAUUGUUUUCUCUGAUGAAUACUGUUCACAGAAAGCAGAGUUCAGUUCUCAAAACUGUGGAGAACUUGAAUUAAGGUCUUAUGAAGCUAAUCAAAUAGAUGGAUCAUACAUCAAGUCUCCCACCCUCCCAGCACCACAGUUUUGGAGAAGCAUGCUGAACUGAUGUAUUAUUUGAAUUUCAUUGAUUAUGGCGUGAAAAUCAAGAAAAAGUGUAAAUCAAAGAGAUUUUGAAGAAGGAAAUUCUUCCUUGAUUCCAAAAUCAUCUCGGAAAAUGUCAUUGUGUGUUCCAGCUAUGUGGAGCGCCUGCUUGUACUGCAAAACUCUCCAACAGUCGUGCGCAACUCACAUCCAAGCGUUCGAACCAAAGGAAGAUUAGCCUGGUUUCUCGCCGGACUAUAAUUCCAUUGAUUAUUCCAUUCACAGGGUCUUGUAGGGAAAGGUCCCAGCUAAGUCUCACACAAAUUUGGUUGUUCUGAAGGAGACACUGAUUAAGGAAUGGGACAAUUUGUCAGUCAAGUACCUGCGUACGGGCAUCGACGCCUACCCUCGAUUUCUUCGAGCUGCCAUCGCCACGAAAGGAGGCCGCAUGGAGCAUGACUAA